AUGGAAGGUUUAUUGAAAGAGAUUCAGAAAAGUAAAACUAGUAAAAGGAAAGUAAGUUUCAACGAAGAGGGUACCGAUGAGUGUAAGGAUGCAAUUGAUGAAGCAAUAGCGCAAGAAGAACAACAAACUCCGAGUCAGUUACCAACUAAGGAGGUUAUUGGAGGCGAUCCAAAAAAGAAAGCAAAAACCAUUAUUCCUCCUAUGUUUGCACCAAGAACAACUCCGGGAAGUCAACCAAGUCUGAAAAGCGUGUUUCAAAACAAAGAGGCGCUUCAUGAAGUUGAUAAGCGAGUGGCUAGAUGGCUUUUGGAUUGUAGGAUUCCUUUCAAUGCGGUUAUGUCACCCUUUUUUCAAGAUAUGUUGGAUGGUGUAGCUGGUUUUGGGCCUGAUUAUAAAGGUCCUUCUUAUGACUCUGUGAGGGUUAACUUAUUAGCCGAUCUCAAAAGGGAGUGUCAAAUGGUUGUUGAUAGUUAUAGGUCUACUUGGAAAGAAACUAGAUGUACUCUCAUGGCUGAUGGUUGGACAGAUCAAAGGCAAAGAACGUUGAUUAAUUUUUUGGUUUAUUGUUCGAAAGGAUUGUGCUUUGUGAAAUCUGUAGAUGCCUCAAGUAUGGUUAAAAAUGCUUCAAGCUUGUGUGACUUGUUUUCAGAGGUGAUUGAAUGGAUUGGACCUGAUAAUAUUGUUCAUGUAGUGACCGAUAAUGCUGCGAAUUAUAUUGCUGCUGGUAGGCUUAUUAAUAAGAAAUUUGAAAAUAUUCACCAGUCACCUUGUGCUGCUCAUUGCUUGAAUCUUAUUCUAAAAGAUAUAAGCAGCAUGCCACAUAUUUCUAGCCUUGCAACACGUGCUUCGAAGAUUACCGUGUUUGUAUAUAAUCAUACGGUGUUCUUGUCCUGGCUAAGACAAAGAACUGAUUGGAGGGAGAUUGUUCGUCCAGGUGCAACUCGUUUUGCCACUGUCUUCCUCACAUUGAUGAGUAUCUUUGAGCGCAAAUCGGAAUUACAACAAUUGGUUGUUGAUACACACUUUACUGGAUACAAAUUAGGAAGCCCAAUGUUUAAAUUGGCUUUGAAAUCCUUUCAGGAAGAGUAA